AUGUGGCGUCUGGUGCAGCCGAAGCUGGGCCCCCCGUCGAGCUCGUUGAAGCUGGCGGCGCUGGGCGGCCUGUUGGUGCUGAUGGUGCUGCGCUCGCCGUCGCUGCUGGCCUCGUGGCAGCGCAACGAGCUCACCGACCCGCGCUUCCUGCAGCUCCAUAAGUGCCCGGCGUGCUUCGGCACGAGCUGGUGCCCCCGCUUCCUCAACGGGCAGGUGAGCUUCGAGGAGUGGGACGGCCUGCGCCUGCUGGGCUUCCCGCAGGCGAGGAGCGUGUACCUGGCGCGGUACAGCGAGCCGGGCGAGGACGGCCGCCGCCCCGUGGUGCUCAAGCGCCUGGGCUCGCCGGGCGAGCUGGCGCAGCUCGACCAGACGGUCUGCAAGCGCGCCACCGGCCGGCCGCGCUGCGACCUGCUGCAGGCCGUGCCCCGCGCCGAGUUCGCGCGCUCCGCCGGCCACGCGGGUCAGCUCACGCCCGUCGCGGUCCGGGGCUGGUCGGCCCUGGUGCACUGCCCCUCGCAGCGCCUGCUCGACCGCCUGGUGCGCCGCUACGCCGAGACCCGGGACUCGGGCAGCGGCCCGCUGCGCCGGCUCCGGGACUCCGAGCGCCUGCAGCUGCUGCUCACGCUGGCCUUCAACCCCGAGCCGCUCCUGCUGCAGAGUUUCCCACCCCACGAAGGCUGGCCGUUUGCAAAAUACCUUGGGGCGUGUGGAAGAAUGGUGGUUUUAAGUUAUGUUGGAGAAGAACUGUGGCGUUACUUGAAUGCACCAUGGGAGAAGAGAGUUGAUCUCGCUUGGCAGCUAAUGGAGACAGCAGAACAGUUGACAAACAAUGACUUUGAAUUUGCCCUCUACCUCCUGGACGUCAGCUUUGACAAAUUUGCAGUCGAUCCUCGAGAUGACAAGGUAAUCAUUGUGGAUGCUGGAAAAAUUUUAGUUGCGGACAAAAGAUUAAUUAGACAAAACAAGCCAGAACAUUGGGAUGUGCGGUAUGAAAGCAAAUUUGAUGGCUGUGAUAAGGAGGCUUGCUUAUCAUUUUCAAAAGAAAUUCUUUGUGCUCGUGUCACUGUGGACCACAACUAUUAUGCUGUUUGUCAAAAUCUUUUAUCCAGACAUGCCACCUGGCGUGGCUCUUCUGGAGGACUUCUUCAUGAUCCACCAAGUGAAAUUGGCACAGAUGGCCGACUGGAGGCCUUGCUCAACGAGUGUGCCAACCCAAAGGAGCGCUAUGGCCGAUUCCAGGCUGCACAAGAGCUGCGUGACUAUCUAGCACAAUUAAGUAACAAUGUAAUGUAG